UUCUAUUCGGUUCAAUAAUAUGGAAAAGAGAAAAUUAAUUAAUAGUUAUCUGAUUUAAAAAAAAAUAUUAAUUUGUAAAGUAUAAAAUUAUUUACUAUAGUUAUUAAUAUUAAUUUUUAGUAUUUACUUGAGUAGAAAUAUUGUAUUUAAUAAAUAGCAAAUGCGAGCCUUUCAUCACAAAAUAAAUUUCUAAUGAUGGGAGAAUGUCUUCCAAUGUCGUUUCUAUUUCUUCUUUUAAUCUAUUAUUUUUCACUCAAGUGUUAACAGUUUUAACAACCACCACAAUUAAGUACAACGAAUAUAUAACUGAUAAAGGAAAAAAUAUUUCAAUUUCAUGUAAAGCGACCGGUUCUAAUACAAUGUGGGUUAAACAGAAUGGAAAAAAGUUUGACAUUGUUCAGGAUGGCUCUAUACUUUCUUUGACAAAUGUUACAAAAGCUGAUACCGGUAUUUACAUGUGUCUAAGUUCUGAUUCGAAUGAAGAUAUACUUAAUGAUGAACAAAUUUAUGUGAACUCAUUAGACGAAUUAGACUUAAAUAAUAAUUCUUAUACAAAAUCUUUGUCAUUAAAUUUAACAGUAAGGACAACACCUGGACCUGUUUCACAGCUUUAUUUUAAGGCCUCAACAAUAUUAGGGUUUUUAAUUUGGAGAUUUAAUAAAUCAAAUUCUGGCGGCUAUCCGUUACGUAGUUUUACAGCUGAAUACAGAUAUAUACCCGAUAAUGUAACUGCAGACAUAGAUUCAAUUGAAUGGAUAAAACUAGAUCCCAUAAAUAUAGCUCCAAACGUUAGGCAAAUGGAAGUUUACAAAUUGGAGCCCAAUUCUACUUAUGAGUUUAGAAUUUGGGGAAAUAAUAAAUUAGGGCCGGGUGAAAUUGUAACGACGAAUGUAACAACUUUACCUGAAAUGUCAGACGAAGAUGUAUUGCGGCUAAUUAUAAAAGAUCUAGAAAAUUUUGAUGUAAGAAUUUGGAUAGCUGCUGUCGCCUUAGUUCUUGGUGCCCUUGUAAUCCUAGCUAUUGGAUUAACAGUCACUUUGGCUGUAGAAUGUUAUCAAUAUCCCUCACUUGUCGAUUUUGAAGAUGGUUGGGGAAGUACAGAAUUAGUACCGAAUAUAAUUUUAAAUCCUGGAUUUUGUGAAAAUGAUGAUCCAGAUGUUCCUUAUACAAGAACAAUUAUAUUUGGUGAAGAUGAUGAAAGUGAAGGUUAUGAUUCAGAUUCUCAGUCAUCGAUGGAAAAACCAAUGGAGGUUUUCAAAAGAAAAGUUUCAAUAUUUUUUACUGGGCAAACAAUGAGACGAAUUUGAAUACAUACAUUAUGUACAUUUAUAUGUAUUUCUGUUUAAAUAAACUUACAUUUAUGUAUUGUUAAGAAUAUUUUUUAAGCUAAAACUUUUUUAUUACGUAUAUUUUUAUUUUUAAAAUUCUAAUGAUAACAAAAUGUUCUUUAUUUCAAGUUUAAAAAUCUGUAUGAAUCAAUGUAGAUCAAAUAUAUGUAGUUAAUUUAAACACGUUUGGAAUUAUGCCUAUAUAAUUGUUAUAUUGGCAAUGUUAUAAAACAUAGGAAGUAGGUUUAAAGUAAAAAAAAAAAAUACACAUGGUUAGUAAAAAGAAAAUAUUGUGGUUUACGAUAAGCAUUUUAUUUUAUAUUUUGUAAUCGUAGUACGGAUGAAUUCUAGUGUUCGUGUAUUAAAAAAAAAGAGUGCCUUGAAAUUUAUCGAUAUUUUUAAUUGAAUUAUUGAUUAUAAAAUGCAUUAUAGUACAUAAUAUAUUUAAAAUAAAUUGGCAAGUUUAUAAAACUAAUUCGAAAAAUUCCUUGCUUUUUUUAAACAUCAUACCCAUAUAGCUAAAUUAAUUCGUAAAUUAUUUUCAUUUAAAAUUCAUAUUUGUUAUAAUAUUAGAGAAUUUUAAAUAAAACAAUAAAUUAGUAAAAAGUUUAUUUGUUAUAAGUGUUGAAUACCGAUAACCGAUUAUAAAAUUUAUAAUCGAAAGAUUAUAUUUAGUUUAAAAUGAAAUUAAAUGUCACUUGUAUGAAAAUUGUAUGAAGUUUACUAAUCACUUUAAAGUAACAUUUAAAGUAAAAUUAAACAUAUACCGUCACUAUUAUUUUAAUACAUUUUAUUCUAAAAGUAUUAAUUUGUGAUUUUUAUUUGUGCGUUUUUGUAAAUUUUGUUUUUUGAUAAAUUGCAUGCUACUCAUUUACUUUUACCUUAUACAUUCAAUAUUUGUUUCAAAUAUUUAAUAGUAUAAAUGUAAAAAUAAAUAUGAGUUUGCAUAUUUCAUAUAGACAGUAAAUAUUAUCGCA